AUGGAGGUAAAUUCAUGGGUUCAAGAUCGAACCAAUGACCUAAUCAAGAAUCUUCUUCCUCACGGAUCCGUCACAGAAGAAACCGAAUGGGUUUAUGCAAACGCAUUAUACUUUAAAGGAACAUGGAAGCAGCCAUUUGAAGAAGACGACACAAGAGACAGAAAGUUUCAUCUUCUAAAUGGCUCAUUAGUGUCUGUGCCAUUCAUGACCAGCAAUGAAGACCAAUACGUAAGCGCCUAUGAUGGUUUCAAGGUCCUUAGGCUCCCUUUCCUGCGCGGAGGCAAUGGUGAUACCAACCGCGAAUUCGCAAUGUAUUUCUAUUUACCGGACGAGAAAGAUGAUGGAUUGGAUAAUCUUGUGGAUAAGAUGGCAUCUAUUCCUGGAUUCUUGGAUAGUCACAUUCCGAGACGAGAAGUUAAAGUUGGGAGAUUGAGAAUCCCAAAGUUUGGGAUCUCGUUAGGGUUUUUAGUUUCGAAGGUUUUUGAUCGAAUGGGAUUGUGUUUGACGUCGUCAUUGUACCAUAAGGCUUGUAUUAAGAUCGAUGAAUCAGGUGUUGAAGCUGCUGCUGCCUCUGUUGAUGAAUCCUGUGGUUGCUAUUUUGGUAUGGAGCCUCCGAAGAGGAUAGAUUUUGUGGCUGAUCAUCCGUUUCUUUUCUUGAUUAGAGAAGACAAAACUGAAACCGUUUUGUUCGUUGGUCAAAUCUUUGAUCCCUCGGAAUCUUCGUACUAA